UAUUUUGCAGUACGAUACUAAAAAAUUCUAGAACUACUAAUUUUCAAUAUUGGUCAAUAACCGAUUACUAAAAAGCAAAUCGCAAAAGCACUAUCAAAUGUCUACACAUUUUGUUAUUUACUACAAAUAUUAACAAUAACAUACGUAAAAUCAUACAUUUUUUACUAAACGUCCAUAAUAUUGUGUUGAUUACAAAUUUCCUAUGUUUGUUGGUAUCUUAAAAUGAGCCCGAAAGUGUUUACUUGCUUUUAGCAAAAUGCCAACAGAAAUAACUUUGCAAAAUCUGUUCAUUUUUAACUCAACAUUGUCCAAAACUGAGGAAGAUGGAGCAAAUAAAAUAUUAUUCUAUUAUCCACCACAGGAAGAGGAAAAUAAAAAAAUACUGAAUAUUGGCCAUAUUGAAGCUGUAAUUUGUUUUAUGAGGAAUUUCAAUGAUCGACAGCCGUGUGAAUCAUUACGCACCAAAAAGUCCUUGCAAGUGUUGUACAACCCUGAACCAAAUUUUUGGAUAGUAAUUACUUUGUCGGCAACAUGCAAGUCAAAACCAAAAUCUCCCGAAUCCACAGAUGAACCAGAAUACUGUACUCAUAACUUACAAGAACCGAUAUAUAUGGCUAUUUUGAAACACUGGUACCAUACGUUUCAAAUGGUCGUAGGUUCGAUGACUGACGUGAUGAACGAAAUCAGUCCAGACCACCUUAGGCUCAUGCUUGAUCAAUUUUAUAAUAAGUAUUUACAAAGUACCAACAUAUCAACGUACACGUUCAUGGACAUGUUUCAAGGAAUUAGUUUUUUACCGUUAGACAACAACGUUCACCUAUAUGCUCAGAGUUUUUUAAAUUCGAUUGAAAAUUCUUUUCAACAAGUCAAGUAUACUAUGCUGUUGUAUAACGACUCGCUUGUUUGGAGCGGUUUAAGCAAACGGCAAACUCAACUGAUUUACUCGUAUAUAAUUAUGUGGGUUUUGCCGGAUAUGGCCCGCGACGAGAACGUGAUCAAAGGAAAUUCUCUUAAGAAAUGUUUGCCCAGUCAAUUAGUCGGGAGGUUUAUAACAAAUACGUGGGCAAUAAAAACAGACAGCUGGAACUCCGACCUUGGUAAAGUUCCUGUUUUGUGGCUAAACAACGAAAGUAAUGGGACGUUUGAAAGUUAUAGACUGUUAGUUUACAAAGCUCAUUACUCAGUCGUUUGUAUGUUCGCCAAAAUGGAUUGUUCGCUGACGACUGAUUUGUACAAUAAACUCGAUCAGUUUCUCAGUACCAAAUUACAUUUGCUAUCGGAAAAGAUGAAGAAUGCGGUCGAGAAAAAUAUGGCGUUAAAAAUGUACGCCGAGAGACCAGCCAAAUUUAUAUACUUUAACGCUAUGAAUUUAGCAAUAAAAAAUUCGUUAAAACUAUCCAAUACAUCACCUUCUGCCAAAUCGUCGGAUUUCAGUCUAAGUCCUGAAACGCUAAGAAUUCUAGUCGAUAUCAGUACCCAAAAUUCAAAUAUGCACCCGACGUGUUCUACAAUGAUAAAAACAUCAAAUGACAAUUGGGUGGCCGGUCGUUUGUGCAAUUCAAGGGAAAUAUAUAUCGUACUGAAUCAGAAAUUAACGAAACUUUAUGACGUCGACUCCGAAAUUCAAAAUCUAUGUGCACAGGAACUCGGUACGAUAUUCUUUUACGACUAAGAAACGGGACUAAUAACGCUACAACUACUACCUCGAAUAAACGCAAUUAUUUCUACAGGAACAUUUAUGUUAAAAUAUAUUAUUGAUAACGGUGUAAUAUUAUAGUAUUUUAAUCGUAUUGUAAUAAUAAAUAAUGUCAAUAAAAUGUUAAUCGUGUAGCC